AUCAAGAUAACCACUAUUAUCAGCUACCACCCCUUUUGCUAACCAGUUUUCAAGCCAUCGCCCAAAUGCCUCGCCUUUACUGUCGUUCCCCCAUAGUUGCUCGGUAUGGAUUGAAACACCACCGAAAUUAUUAGCCAUAUAGACGUCUGUUAGCAGUCUAUCGCCGAUAAAUGCCACGUUGUUGAGUGCACCAAAUCUAGCCUCCAAUGGUGCCUUGAGUCUUGAGGAAGGUUUAGGAUCACUGUGUUCAAGAACAUCUACACCUGUAUUCCGUGAAACAACAUUAGCCUGUAUUGUAUUAGACUUGUGAUAAGAGGAUGAAGUAAUCUCACUUGUAUAAGUCCCGGGUCUUUAGAUGUACCGGCAGAGUUCGACAAAAUGACACAACGAUUACCAAAUACGCUUUUGCAGUCAUCCCAGCUGGACUGUAUUUCUUCUAUAACGUAAUCCUGUCUUGGGAGUGUUAAGCAGUUAUCUCUAUCUAUAACUAUUCCUGUGAUUCCUUUACGUUUAAGUGCACUGAAGUCUAUAGAGCGGAUAUCUAGCUGAGUGUUAAGUAUAUCGACUAUCUAAUAAUACUUCCCUACCAUCGACUCUAAUAGAAGGUUUCAGCAGCUUCGGAUUAAAGGCUGAACGUAUCGUAGCUGCUAUCGCUGCAACACUCAUCAUGGAAUUACUUCAAGAAGCGCUAGAAAGUCAAGCGGAGAUAUCAAAAGUACAAAAAGUAGCUUUGCUAUCACAUUUGAAAGCUUUAAAUAGGGACAACUCUGCACUUAUACGCCAGUCCAAGCAAAAUGCUGCACAUCAAGCUCAGUUGUCAGAUAACGUACAUGCUAAAGUGCAGAAUUUGCUAUACGAGAGAAGACAUUUAGAGCAGGAGAUAGAGAGGUGUAGGAAUUUCAAGACUACGUAUGACAAAUUACCUUUGAUAUCUUUGGAGGAAUAUAACAGCAUACAGAGGGAUGAAGAGAGUACGAAGGAUAAUGACGAGCAUACAUUAAUGCUUAAUAGGCUUAGACAUGAGCUUAACACGCGCCGGGAAUUGAACGAUCGCCGUAAAGAACUCCAAGAUAUAAGAUCUGCAGUGAAUAGCGAAAAUAACGCAACAAAGAACAGUUUAGAAGAUUUAGAUAGUGACCUUGAUAAGUUCGUAGAUUUUGCCCGGGGUAUCCAACUCAAGCUCAAUAAGCUCGAUAAAGUUUGGGAAGAUGCUGAGAACAAAGAAGAAGAGAAAGAUGACAGAAAAGACGAUCCAAUUGAACUCGACCAGGAUAAUGAAGCUGAUAAGGUCCAGGAUACCCGAGAGGACGACGAAAUGGAUACUAAUUAAUUUAUUUACUGUCACUUUGCAUAUAUUGUUCCAUCGCAGCUUCUAAUUCGCUAAUCGCCUGUCUUCUCUCUUCACUAAGUACGCCAGCGCGUGCACUGGAAACAUCCAGACGAUGCUGGUCAUCACCGAGGAAGUUUACCAUUUUAAGUGCAUGGGUUAUGCCUAAUAAGCUGUUCGCUGAACGUAUCAUCGACUCAGAACGACAGCUAAUCUGAAAUGCCUCUUUGCUAAUCUUAUAAUUAUCUUUUUUGGCUAUCUCAGCGAGACCGAUGAUUUCAGAUAAUCCGUCACUAAGCUGAGCUACCUCUGUAUCCACUCUGUUGUUUAAACUAUCGUCGAACGCCUCUAAAUAUUCCUCUGGUGUGCGAUCAUCACUCUCUGCAGUGUUUAUAGAUGAAGAACCUUUUAUCAAUGAGGAACUGAGUGAUUGGUAUUUCUUAGCGUCUGAUUUU